CCAUGUUAAAGUUACACUGAAGUCAGGCAGAGAUUUUUUUUUUCCCCCCUGACGUUGUAUGUUUAUUUGUUUGUUUCUUCUUAUUAGCGUAAGCCGUGCCCACACAAAAGCGUCGACUGGAUUCGGAAACCGGGAUUCUAACGAUGAAUUCCAGUUUCGACCUCUCACGGCGUAAUCCACAGGAGGAUUUCGAGCUGAUUCAAAGGAUUGGAAGCGGGACCUACGGAGAUGUCUACAAGGCUCGGAAUGUCACCACCGGGGAACUGGCAGCCAUUAAAGUUAUCAAACUGGAACCCGGUGAGGACUUUGCGGUGGUGCAACAGGAGAUCAUCAUGAUGAAGGACUGUAAACACUCCAACAUCGUGGCAUAUUUCGGCAGCUACCUCAGAAGAGACAAACUGUGGAUAUGCCUGGAAUAUUGCGGAGGAGGGUCCCUGCAGGACGUGUACCACGUGACCGGCCCCCUGUCAGAAUCUCAGAUCGCCUACGUUUCCAGGGAAACGCUGCAGGGCUUGUACUAUCUCCACCACAAGGGAAAGAUGCACAGAGACAUUAAGGGCGCGAAUAUUCUGUUAACCGAUAAUGGAUAUGUAAAACUAGCGGACUUUGGCGUCUCUGCGCAGAUCACCGCGACUCUUGCCAAGAGGAAGUCCUUCAUCGGCACCCCGUACUGGAUGGCUCCUGAGGUGGCCGCUGUGGAGAGGAAGGGCGGGUAUAAUCACCUGUGUGACAUCUGGGCCGUGGGCAUCACAGCCAUCGAGCUGGCCGAGCUCCAGCCCCCCAUGUUCGAGCUGCACCCCAUGAGGGCUCUGUUCCUGAUGACCAAAAGUAACUUCCAGCCUCCGAAAUUGAAAGACAAAGUGAAAUGGACGAAUAAUUUCCACCAUUUUGUGAAAGUAGCGCUGACGAAAAACCCGAAGAAAAGGCCGUCGUCUGAGAAGCUGCUGCAGCAUCCCUUCGUCUCACAACCCCUGAGUCGGACCCUGGCCAUCGAGCUCCUGGACAAGGCCAGCAACCCGGACCACUCCGCCUACCCCGACUUCGACGACGACGAACCGGAACCGGAGUUUAAAUACCGGGGUCUGUUUCUCCCCAUCACGCCCGUGUCAAAGCGGGCUCUGCGCUUUGCCAUGCGUAGAAAGCCUGCCGUAUCCGUGCCCCAGAGAAUCCACUCAACCAGCCGGAGCAACCGGGAAGGGAAGACCCUCUCCGAGAUUAACUUCGACCAGGUGAAGUUCGACCCCCCGAUGAGGAAGGAGACGGAGCCUCAUCACGAGCCGCCCGACACUGACGAUUUUUUGGACUGUGCAGAAGAAAUAUACUACACCGCAAGACCUUACCUGGACUCUCCCCUCGACUAUGAGCAGGGGUCUCCUGGGGGCUCCUUUUUCGGAGGAAAUAAGAGUCUUCUGAAGUCGGUGGAGGAGGAGCUACACCAGAGGGGCCAUGUGGCACACUUAGAGGAUGAUGAUGAUGAUGAUGGCGGUGAUGAUGAUGAAACUCAACACUCGUCCAGCAACACCAUGAGGCCGAAAGUGCCCCCACCGCUACCCCCGAAGCCCAAGUCCAUGUGCGGUCCCCAGGACAGCCCCCCUCCCGGCGACGGUGACCACGGUAACCAGGGGACCAUCAAGCGUUGCCCGGCGACGGACAGCCCCAGCCGCGCGCGGCCCGGCUCCUACGUGCCCCCCCGGCCCCCGCCCCCCCGCCUGCCCCACCUCCGGAGGAACAGCCUAGGUAACGAGCGCCCCCCGAACCCGGGGCCCUGGGACCCCGAGGAACGUCCCCACAACUUUGGGGAAUCGUGCGACUGGCUGUACCGUCCUGAGGCGGACCGGGAGGAGGAGGAGGAGGAAGAGGAAGACGAGAGGAACGGGAUGAACCCGUCUCAUCUGAAUGGGGAGAAGGACAAGCAGGCCACAGCGCCCCCUGCUGUCUCUGCGCACAGAGAGAAGAGAGACAUCCCGAAGCCAAUCAGUAACGGACUCCCGCCCACUCCUAAGGUUCAUAUGGGAGCCUGCUUCUCAAAGGUCUUCAACGGCUGUCCCUUGAAAAUCCACUGCGCCACCUCCUGGAUAAACCCGGAUACGCGAGACCAGUAUUUGAUAUUCGGUGCGGAGGAGGGCAUCUACACCUUAAAUCUGAACGAGCUACACGAGACCUCCAUGGAGCAGCUCUUUCCUCGGAGGUGCACAUGGCUGUACGUAAUGAACAACUGCCUGCUGUCCAUAUCUGGAAAAGCAUCACAGCUCUACUCUCACAACCUGGCGGGACUGUUUGAAUAUGCUCGACAAAUGCAGAAGCUGCCCGUCGCCAUACCAACCCACAAACUUCCCGACAAGAUCAUUCCCAGGAAGUUUGCAGUAUCCAAUAAGAUUCCAGAUACAAAGGGAUGCCAAAAGUGUUGUGUAGUGCGGAGCCCAUACACGGGUCAUAAGUACCUGUGCGGGGCCUUCCAGUCCAGUGUGGUGCUCCUGGAGUGGGUGGAGCCCAUGCAGAAGUUCAUGCUCAUCAAGAACAUUGACUUCCCCCUGCCGUGCCCCCUGGAGGUGUUUGAGAUGCUGGUGGUCCCGGAGCAUCAGUACCCCCUCAUCUGCAUGUCCGUCAGCAAGGGCACCGAGGCCCACCAGGUGGUCCGCUUCGACACCGUCAACCCCAACGCCACCUGCUCCUGGUUCACCGAGUCAGACGCACCACAGACCUGUGUCAUCCACGUCACCCAACUGGAGAAGGACACCAUCUUGGUCUGCCUCGACCGGUGCAUUAAGAUUGUGAAUUUGCAGGGCAGGCUAAAGUCCAGCAAGAAGCUGUCGGCCGAGCUGACCUUCAACUUCCAGAUCGAGUCGAUAGUGUGUCUCCAGGACAGCGUGCUGGCCUUCUGGAGACACGGGAUGCAGGGGCGGAGCUUCAAGUCCAAUGAAAUCACACAAGAGAUCUCUGAUAACACGAGAAUUUUCCGGCUCCUGGGGUCGGACAGGGUGGUGGUUCUGGAGAGCAGGCCAACGGACAAUCCCACAGCACAGAGCAACCUCUACAUCCUGGCGGGACACGAGAACAGUUACUGAGCGCAGUGCAUUGUGGGAUUGCGCCGGUCCGGAGAACACGCCUCCUGCUUGGCUUCGGACACGCCCCUUCAUUGUGGGAUGAGCGUUUUUCGGGACUUGUCCGUUUCUUUUUUAUUUUAUUUAUUGUGGCAUGUUAAAGAAAGGAUUUUCUUUUUUAAUUUUAAUUUUUUAUUUUUUUUAAGUGUCGCCACCACUUAGUAUCUUACGCUACCACACAAGUGCUUAAUAGACUUAUAUUUAAUUGUUGUACAUAUUAAUGUAGUAUUUGUACACUAUAGAGAGGUGAUGUAGAUAUGUGUGCAUAUUUGCUGUACAGGUGUAAAGGUGCACUGAGUGGCAGAAAUAUCGGGGUACUACUUUAACGCGGCCUGUCUUCCUCGCUCAUGUUCGGGGAUACCCCUGUACAGGUGUGCCCAAAAGGUCAACCCGGAAGACGUGCCCGUCCUGUCAACACUGACCGUUUAUUUUUGGAUUUCAACACAGAGAUUUAUUCCUCCAGACAUGGAGCUCUGCGCUUCUUUUAGAAACUUCUGUUCUCUGCCGUCACCCGUUUUGAAACGCCUGUGUUUUUAAUCAUUCUGUGGCAGACGCUGGUUCUGAACCAUUGCACAAAACGCUGAUGAGGUUUUACGAAAGCAACGUGUGCGUGUGUGUGUGUGUGUGUGUGUCUGUCUGUGUGUGUGUGUGUGUGCAGAGAGUAUGUACACACGAGUAUACGUACACAUGCACACAGUAUGCAUUGUACGGUUUAUGAAUAUAUACUUCUGUAUACAUUGUGAUGAAAUGCUGUGGCUGGAGUUUCUUAACUCCGGUUUGUAAAAACGAACGGCAAUUUUGUUGUUACUGACAUAAGAUAAAAGCGCUUAUGAAGCUAAACGUUGACACACUAUUCCGUAUAACUGCGUGAUAAAUGUAGGUCCUCUGUCCAGUGGUGCUGUUGAAUAACACUCGUCUUAAUUAUGGUAGUACUUUCUCACAGCGUCGACUCUAAUGUCGCCGGGUAGAUCUUCAGAUAACAGCCUAAGACAAACAUUCCCUUGCUUACGUGAUCUUGCGUUUUUAAAAUGUUACGCCAAAAUGUGUUGCCGUUUUUUAUUUUUUUCCAUGUUUUAUUAAGUUAUGGCCAAAAUAAUUUGGGUGUCUACCUCAUGCAAUGCUAUAUCUAAACUGAGAAAGGCACCAGCAGGUUCUGAAUAAAGAGGUUCUCUUCCCUCCACUGUACACAUUAUUCCAUCAGGCUCCCCCCUCGACUAAAGAAAAUAACUUCAAUCACGACAGCAUUAUAACUUUUUCAUAUUGCAAAACGUAAUGUAAAUACUGUAAAAUAAAAAUCUGUUGGUUUUA